AUGGGCAAGGACAGCUUCGCAGACGGUGACACCAAGAAAGGCGCCAACCUCUUCAAGACCCGCUGCCAGCAAUGCCAUAACCUGAAGGAGGGCGAGGGCAACAAGAUCGGCCCCAACCUCCACGGUCUCUUCGGCCGCCACACUGGCUCCGUUGAGGGCUUCUCAUACACAGAUGCGAACAAGGCAAAGGCGAUUGUGUGGAAAGAGGACACCCUGUUCGAGUACCUCGAGAACCCCAAGAAGUACAUCCCGGGCACGAAGAUGGCCUUCGGUGGCUUGAAGAAGGGCAAGGACAGGAACGACCUGAUCACCUACCUUCGUGAGGAGACCAAGUAG